GUUGCUCAGUCCCAGUUUCACAUGUGGGAGGAGGGUCCGCGCUGUAAUGUCGGUGGGGUGGGCGCACGGGGACUUUGCUGCCUUGCCGUCCGUUGUCCUAGUCGAAAUUUACGAAUAUCUCUCGUUCAGGGACAAAUUGAAAGCUUCCUCUACGUGUCGAGCUUGGCGGGACUGCCUUUUCCACCCGAGAUUUUGGACGACGCUAACGAUCCGCUUUAGCCGCAAGCGAAACGCCUGGCGCCAAGCUGAGUUUCUGGCCAAGAAAUGCGGCCGCUUUGUACGUCAUUUCACCCUGGAGUUCGACUGCACGAGCCCGCAGAUAGUGCAGCAGUGCAUCGCGAUCCUCGCUUUGCUCGGAGAAAACCGCCAACUUGCGUCGCUGAGUCUCCGUCCGACUGCCUGCGUUGUUGCCUGGCCACAUCGUCUCUACGAUGCCUCCAAAUGUUCAGGCAAUGAAAGCGAAACCAUCGCUGUCUACGACAGGUUCCUCGAGGUAAUCGGGCAAGUCAUCUGUACGUCGUGUCACUUGGAAUACUUCUCUCUCGGGUGCCUCGAGGACCUAUUCCACCAUUCGGACAGCUUUCUGACACUACUCAGCUUGCACCAGCGGCGUUCUCUUUCGCAACUACACCUCGCAAGUGUGAAAGAAGACCCCGACCACUACCCCAUCCCCGAAAUUCAUUUCUGGCACUUACAGCAUUUCGAAUGCCUGUCAACCUUGAGCAUCGACUACGAUUAUGUCUGCGACCAGUUGCUUCUGCUCCUGAGUGAACGAAGCGUGCUGUUGAAGCUGGUGCUGCACGUUCACGGCCUUGACGACCAGCAGACGGUUUGCGAAGGAUCGUGGCUUGAAUUGAGUAGGCGGUGCCCAAAGCUUCGCGUAACGAUCACCCUUCUGCACACCUGCGAGCCAUGGAGUGCCAUCAAGGGCCUUCUCAAUGCUGCCAUACCAUUGGCCAGGUUUCAGUCUUACUUCAGUGAUGGAUUUCGAAGUGAUGUCUUCGAUUUGCUCUCUGCGCAGUAUGCUGAAACGUUGGAAGCAGUGGCUGUUGUAAGUGCACUCUCAGGUACUGAAGGUAUUCCUCAAAGAACCUUCGCUGUGCGAGCUGAAAGUCCAGUGGUCAUGCUAGCAUGGCGUUGCCAUCGACUGGGAAGCCUUAAGUUGGUCGGGCAUGAGAUAGCAGACUUUGACCUCAUCGCCGUGGCACGGUUGCGGGGGCCACAGCUGAAGGAGUUGGUCAUUCCAGCUGACUGCGUCUCGGGCAGCAGCAACGGAGGGCCGUACUACAGCGAGCUUCGCCUCACUGACGUCAAACACCUCGAAACAGAAGUCUCCCUGAGCUUGCAGAGGACGUGGACACUGACCAAUCUCCAGUCCCCUGUCCAAAAUGAAAUGGGAGAAAUCCGGAGCUACAUGCGCUCCUUACAAGAGCUUCAGGGUUAUACAAGCUUGUAGCAAUGUCUACGUUGCAGCCACUUGCUUCUUGAAGGCGUUGCCUGACAGUCAUCUGCCAUUUGCUCAUUCCAUGCCGGCCUGUUACCACGAGGCACCGUGUUCAUCCUAACUGGUAUCUGGCCAGCUUAUGGCCUCUAGACGGGUGUAAAGUUGACAAGUGGCUGCUCCCAGAUGUGCAACCGUUGUUUAAGUACCUGUACAACUUUUAUUCCACUGGGGAGAAUCGCGGUUGCUUUUGUACACAAGAGUUCCCCACGAUUGACGAUAGCGUAUUGUUGAACAGCAAAGCACAUAACACUCAUCACCCUGUUGACGCACAGCCCAUGAGAAGGGCUGUCUGUUACCCUAAACAUCUCUCAUUUUUGAACCAGUUGUUUUGUGCUGCGCUGCAGCUGACAUCCAGUGCGUGGACCGCAGGCAGUAAAGUCUUUUUAUUGGGCCACCUGUGAUGCAAAUGUGAUAUUCCUGUUGGCUUUUUACAAGCCGGCAGUGUGGUCUCAAGGUUUUUCAAGUGUGCCAAGUUAGAACAACGCCGCUGACACAUGCUUACCAACUGAACACCACACACACAGGACAUGCCUCUCACACCACGUGAUCCAAGUGCAGUGCACAAAUUCCAAGUUGCCGUGUUGCGUAACUGGCAACACGGCUGCUAUACUGCCCUGUCAACAGGCUCUCAAAUGCCAGAGACUUGCUCUUGUUUAACAACACACCUUAAGGUUCCAUCCAAGACCAAACAAUACAUCUAGCCAAAGCAGAUUUCACAUUUGGCCUGACGUGCCCUUCUUAUCGGUGCCAUCUUUGUGAUCUGCUUUCUGCAGUCAGUCUUUUCCACACCGUGGCCACUGUCUUCAGAGAUCUAUAUUCUAUCUGUGCCUCUGUAAUAUCCAAUGCACAGUGCCCGUGAGCAUUUGUUAACUUGGCAAGAGGUUUAAUAUAUUUUGACAGCCGAUCUUUUUUUAGAUGUGUAACUUUGAGCACAUUGUUAUUUGCAGUGCGUUUCCGCCUUUCGCAACUUUGAUGCGUGCACAUGUUUUGUACUGUUCUCUGUGCACUUUUUGUUCUGUGAACGCGGCACGAGAUGUGCCAUAGUCAACAUCAGUGCUAUAUGUGAAUCUAUUGUUUUCCAGCAAAUGUCUUGUUUUUCAAGCUCUUAAAGGUGCUCAGGACUUGAGAGUAUGUCCUCUGAAAGUUAUGUAUUGUAGCCCACAAAUAAAGACAUUUUAAGUAUGUUA